AUGCGCCCCGUCGAGAUGCUCGCAAGACGCUGCUUCCACUCCAGUCAAUUGGCUCGCGGUAUCCCCACAUCGCAGCUCAAGAUCCCGCUUCACAGCCGCAGCAGAUUCGCUCACCCGUCGCGCGUCACGGCCGUACCAACACGAUCCCUGGCGACGACUCGAUCCCCUCCCGCAAUGGCGUCCGAGGAUCUUCCCAAAGUGAAGCUAUACUGGCUGAACGACUCCCGUUCCCAAAACACACUCUGGCUGCUCGAGGAGCUCCGCAUCCCCUACACCGUCCAGACCUUCCGCCGCGAGCCGAACCGCCUCGCGCCUCCGGAGCUCGCCGACGUCCACCCCCUCGGCAAGGCCCCGGUCCUCGAGAUCACGCCCGCCGCCGACCCCGCUGGAACUUCCACUCCGGCAACGGCGGCGGCACCACCCAUCCGACUCGCCGAGAGCGGGUACAUCACGCAGUACCUCGUCGACCACUUCGGCCACCGCAGCCCGGGCCUCGUGCCACCGCGGUGGAAGCCGGGUCAGGAGGGCCGCAUCGGCGGCGAGACGGAGGCCUACGCGCGCUUCCAAUACCUGCUGCACUACGUCGAGGGCAGCUUCUUCCCCGUCAUUGUGCAGUAUCUCCUCAUUAGCGUUCUCAAAUCAUCAAACGUCCCCUUCCUCGUCCGGCCCCUCACCUCGGCCGUCGCCUCCAAGAUCUACUCCCUCGUCCUCUUCCCCACCGCGCAGAAGCAUCUCGCCAUGCUCGAAUCCCUUCUCAAGACCGCGCCGGGCGUGGCCUCGUCGUCGUCGUCCCCCAGCGAGGCCUUCCUCUGCGGCCCGGACCUGACGGCCGCCGACAUCCUCAUCAGCUUCGCGCUCGUCACGGCCGAAACCGAGGGCGCCUGGGACGCCAUGGGGCACUGGCCCGGCGGCUCGGCGCGGGCGGCGCACCCUGUCCUGUUCGAGUACAUCGACCGGCUGCGGAGGCAGCCGGGGUACCUGAAGGUCGUGGAGAAGGUCAAGGAGAUUGAGGCAUGA